AUGUCCUGGAUUGUCAGUCUUUUCAACCCAGCUCAAUCCACUCGCAAAAGCUAUGCGCCUUCCAACGACCGCCAAACCCCAGUAUUCUCCAACGUCCAAGAUUAUGAGGAUGGGUCGAAUAGCACGUCCGGAACGCGACGGGCCGGUGAAUACGCUCAAUCAACGGAAGAGGAGGAGGAGGAGUACCCUAGACAUCCAUACUGGCAGUGUAUGAUAGCUGGCGGCCUUGGCGGAACAUCUGGAGACCUCCUCAUGCACUCCAUUGACACAGUCAAGACCCGUCAACAAGGAGACCCACACAAACCGCCAAAGUAUGGAUCGUUAUCCUCUACAUACGUCAAAAUCUUCCGUCAAGAAGGUUUCCGAAGAGGACUGUACAGCGGUGUUGUACCAGCGUUUUUGGGCUCCUUUCCUGGCACCAUCAUCUUCUUUGGAGCCUAUGAAUACAGCAAGAGGCAUAUGUUAGAUGCUGGCAUAAACCCGUCACUCUCUUAUCUCGCUGGCGGCUUUAUUGCCGACUUCGCCGCCUCAUUUGUCUACGUACCCUCUGAAGUCCUCAAGACCAGACUCCAACUGCAAGGCCGUUACAACAACCCUUUCUUCAAUUCGGGAUAUAACUACCGGGGAACGAUUGAUGCGGCGCGGACAAUCGUUCGACGAGAGGGAGUAUCGGCUCUCUUCCAUGGGUAUAAGGCCACUAUCUUUCGUGAUCUGCCCUUCUCCGCCCUACAAUUCGCCUUUUACGAGCAAGAGCGGAAUUGGGCAAAGAGGUGGAAGGGUAGCAAGGACCUUGGUGUAGGCCUAGAGAUCGCUACAGCAGCGUCGGCAGGUGGACUGGCUGGUGUGAUGACAUGCCCGCUUGACGUGGUCAAGACCAGGAUACAAACGCAGAUCAAUCCGCCCGACACUGUCACACCAGCUGGUGGAGCUACGAACGUACAUCCGCAGCCUGCGAAAAUUUCCCGGAUGGAGAAAGUGGGCAGUCCUAGGGCAGCCCACAAUCCGUCGAUGCAAGCAUCAUCAAGACGUCUCAUCUCAACCUCCUCACCAAAUACAUCUAUGCCAAAACCCGAUGCUGUCAAGCUGGAUACCUCAUCCGUCGUGACUGGCCUGAGACUCAUAUAUAAGACCGAGGGGAUGAUGGGACUGUUCCGAGGGGUAGGGCCGAGAGCUGUUUGGACCAGCGUCCAGAGCGGAACGAUGCUCGUCUGCUAUCAGGCGUUACUGAAGCGGAUGGAGGCUAGUCCGUGGCUAAAUGAUGAAGAAUCUGGCGUCGCAUGA